AUGACCAGCUCAAAGAGCAGUCCCAAGCCUACCACCAGUCAAAAGCCAGCAAAGAUGAGCCCCGAGCCUAAAACUACUAGUCCGAAAUCUACCAUGACCAGUACAGCACCCGUAACAAGCAGUCUAAAAACCACAACGACCCGCCUGAGCCCCACCACAAGCAACUUUAAACCAGAGACGACCAUACCAGAUCCUACAAAAAGCACUUCGAUGACCUCAGUCGCCAGUUCAACUACUGCAAGAAGUCAGACGUCAUCGACAAGCGAUCAACCAACAACUACUACAACAGCAGCAGCAGCAACCACAACAAGACCUACAACCACUUCGACAAAGCCAACAACAACCACAACGACAGAGCCAACAACAACAACAACAACAGCAACAGAGCCAACAACCAUAACAACGAGAACAACAACCACAACAAGGCCAAAAACCACAACAACGAGCCCAACAACCACAACGUCAACACAAACAACUACUACGACAAAGUCAACAACCACGACAAAGAGAACGACCACGACAGAGCCAACAAUGACCACAACGAGCGAAACAACCACAACAACAAGGUCAACAACCACAAUGCUCAGUUCAGUACCCACCACAACAACCGAAGUGCUACCAAUCAGGUCCGAAGAGGUGACUACACCUCCGCUGUCACUCCUGGAACAGGUGAUGACAAGGUCCGUACCGUUUAUCAAGAAGAGGAGGCGCUUCACCACACCGACUUCGGUUGAAACAACCACAGAUGGGUCGAAGAUAGAGCCCAUUCAAACGACGUCAAGCUACAAAGAGCCGAGUUCCGUGAUGCCGAGACCUGACGAGCACACGACAGCUAACCCUGGACUAGUCACAUCGAGACGAGAAUCACUGCGCUAUGAUGUAGAAGUUGCGAAGCCAGACAUCCAGGCAACAGACGAGGAAGAUGGUGAGGAUCGGAACACGCCCACAAAGAGUCCAUUGCCCAAGAUGUCACCUGAACUGCGGAUGGCGCUGGUACGGGAGUUACUGAAGCAGAUGCAGGCUGCCAAGCAGUCAAACCAGAAGAAGACGAAGGCCAUGUCGGGGACGAAAUCUGCGACUCAGACCUAUCAUUCACAACCGGCAGAGCAAGAUGACGAGCAACCGAAGAUGCAGACGAUUGAUGAAACAGCAGCGGACACCUCGUCAAACGACGAAGAAGAAAAUGAAGAAGAUCCUCCACCAAUCGAAGAAGAAUCUGACGGGCUAACUAUUGACCCUGAACCGUCCGCUCAAAUCGAAGCAUCUCGGGCCGACUUGGAGGGCUUGAAACAGAACAUGGAAGCGAAAAAGGCUUCCAAAAAUUUGAAAGUCGAUGUCAAGGUAGACCCAGAAGUCAAGACUGAGGCCGAGAGAAUAGCAGCCUUGCUGAAAGGCGAUGUACCACAAACCAAAACUAUUUCGAUACGCCAGGAACCUGAGACAUCAGAAGAGAGCCAAGAGCCAGUCACACCCUCGGCAUUCCUUCGCGCACUGCGAGAACGGGUGAAAAACCGCCCGUCAAUCCGAGGCUCACGCAAGAAGACUCGGCCAAAGCCACGGCGACGCGGCAAGAUAAGGAAGUCGCUGCCUCGCGGGCCGAGACCGUCAACAGAGGAUGAAGAGGAUGAGACAGAAGAUGUCGAAGAUGACAAUGACGAAAAGAUGUCGGAAGAGGAUCCCAAACAUUCAGAGCAGCCCAGAGCGAAGCUUCAUCAGCUGGUCAAUGCAGAGCUCAAUAGUCAGAACGACGAGGAAGCUGCCGCCGAAGGUCUUGAUAAUCUAGAAUAA